AUAGGCAUUUAUUGCGCAUGGGGAGUCGCCCAAGGCAUCUUUGGUGUUUUGAGUGGCAUCGCAUUCUCCUACAGCGGUGUUAGAGCGGCUAAGCAUUUACAUAAUAAUGCCAUUAAACGUGUAUUAAGAGCUCCAACAAGUUUCUUUGAUACCACUCCUUUAGGAAGAAUUAUUAAUCGAUUCAGUAAAGAUGUCGACACAUGUGAUAGUUUACUUUCUGAAUCAUAUCGAAUGUUUUUUAUGACCUUUUCAUCCGUCAUUGGCACCUUUAUUUUGAUCGUGGUGGUGUUCAUUUGGUUCGUCAUUCCGUUGGUUCCUUUGCUCAUACUUUAUUAUUUUGCCGCCCUUUAUUAUCGAUCGACUAAUCGUGAAUUAAAACGUCUUGAUUCAGUAUUGAGAUCAUCGUUAUACGCUCAUUUUUCCGAGACACUUACAGGACUGCCGACUAUUCGCGCUUAUCGUGAACAAGAAAGAUUUUUGAGGAGCAACGAAAAGUUCUUAGAUAUCGAAAAUAGAGCAUAUUUUCUUAUAUUCUGUGUCCAACGAUGGCUUUCACUCCGUCUUGAAGGCAUCGCAAAUGUCUUGAUAUUGUUCGCAAGCUUGUUUUCAGUUAUUUUUAGAUUUGGUGUUUUACCUUCUAUCACUGGAUUAGUAUUAUCUUAUGCACUUCAAGUUACUGGAACUUUUAAUUGGUGUGUUAGACAAAUUGCUGAAGUGGAAGCAAACAUGAACUCAGUGGAACGCUUAGUUCACUACAGCGAUAAUUUAGAAAUAGAAGCCGAUAAUAUAAUACCGGACCACAGACCACCACCUGAAUGGCCAUCUCGUGGAGAAAUUCAUAUUAAAAAUUUGGAAAUUAAAUAUAGGCCUGACAGUCCUUUAGUUUUGAAAGGUGUCUCGGCUGAUAUUAUGGCUGCCGAAAAGAUUGGAAUUGUUGGUCGAACUGGAUGUGGAAAGUCAACGUUGGCAACUUCAUUCUUUAGAUUUGUUGAACCAACUUCUGGAAGUAUUGUAAUUGACGAUAUUGAUAUCACUACUAUUGGAUUAAGGGAUCUUAGAAGUAAUAUUACUAUAAUACCUCAGGACCCCGUACUAUUUAAUGGUACUAUAAGAAGCAAUUUGGAUCCAUUCAAUAUGCAUAACGAUCUCGAUUUAUGGAACGCACUUCGUCGUGUACAAUUGGUUAAAAUUUCUGACGACAAUACUCCUGAAAAAGAAUUGGAAGUUAUCCAUUCAACUUCGGAUCAAAAAAUAUCCGAUUGA